UUAAAAUAUACGUUAUAGUUGUUCCGUGUACGCCUUCAUGCUCUUGAACCUGAAGACAUCACAGCAGUGAGACCGAGCAGCUGGCUCGCGCAUCACCACUACGGAAAGCGCUUUGGCUCAAACUAAACAGGACCAGCCUGUGCCACGGAGAGUUCCUUGGAACGUCGCAUUCUGCCAUGGCUCUGUAGUGGAGGAGAAAUCACGUCUAUUUCCAUCUGGAACCACACAACGGCAUUAAUAGGAGUGUUGUGCGGCGUUUACCCCGGCAAACCACAGCCGAAGACCGAAAUCAAUGCGACAUCCGUGAGCCUUUUCUGGGGCUUUGAGUGGAGCACUGUGAUGCUACGUGGGCAACUGAAAAAAGGGCACUUUUGUCCGGCUACGAGCUGCGUUUGAGCUCCUCGUCCGCUCCGCUCUUUAUAAAGCGGUGUGAUUUGGCUUUUUGACUUUUGUGGACAACUUUUAUCAUAAUAGACUGCCGUAUUCGGAGGUAAUGGCAGGUCGAGGCCGGAGAGCGUGGUUCAGUGUUCUGCUUGGGCUGGUUGUGGGCUUCACGCUGGCCUCCAGACUCAUCUUACCCCGGGCCACUGAGCUCAAGAAGGGCGGACACAAGCGGAGAGCCACCACCGGCGGCUGUGUACUGAACCGCGGCUCCAGAGAGGGCUACGCAGGAAUAUUAUGGCCCACCGAGGAGAACAGCUCCGCGGCGACGGAGAAGCCAGCGGCUCGCUCCGACAGCUUCCUGUUUGUGGGGGUGAUGACCGCGCAGAAGUACCUGAACACUAGGGCUGUGGCGGCACACAGGACAUGGGCUCAGACCAUCCCAGGCCGGGUAGAGUUCUUUUCCAGUGAGGGCUCGGACACCUCCAUCCCUAUCCCCAUUGUGGCUCUGAAGAACGUGGACGAUUCGUACCCUCCUCAGAAGAAGUCUUUCAUGAUGCUAAAGUACAUGCAUGACCAUUACCUGGACCAGUACGAGUGGUUCAUGCGUGCGGACGAUGAUGUGUACAUAAAGAGUGAGCGCCUGGAGAGUUUCUUACGCAGCCUCAACAGCAGUGAGGCCAUCUUCCUGGGCCAGACAGGCAUGGGCGCGCGCGAUGAGCUGGGCAAGCUGGCCCUGGAGCCCGGGGAGAACUUCUGCAUGGGGGGCCCUGGGGUGAUCAUGAGCCGAGAGGUGCUGCGGAGGAUGGUACCUCACAUCAGGGAGUGUCUGCAAGAGAUGUACACCACCCACGAAGAUGUGGAGGUGGGCAGGUGUGUGCGGCGCUUCGCAGGGGUCCAGUGCGUCUGGUCCUAUGAGAUGCAGCAGUUGUUUUACGAGAACUAUGAACCCAACAAGAAAGGCUACAUCCGUGAUCUCCACAACAGUAAGAUCCACCGUGCCAUCACACUGCACCCCAACAAGAACCCACCCUACCAGUACCGCCUGCACAGCUACAUGCUCAGCCGCAAGAUCGCCGAGCUGCGCCACCGCACCAUCCAGCUACAUCGCGAGAUUGUGCAGAUGGGACGAUACGGGGCUGGAGAACCCAGCCGUGAGGACCUGCAGCUGGGCAUGCCCCCAUCCUUUAUGCGCUUCCACCCCAAGCAAAGGGAUGAAGUGCUAGAGUGGGAUUUCCUCACAGGAAAAUACCUGUUUUCUGCCUCCAACGGCCUGCCCCCCCGCCGUGGCAUGGACUCCGCCCAGAGACAGGCUCUGGAUGACAUCAUUAUGCAGGUGAUGGAGAUGAUCAAUGCUAAUGCUAAAGCACGAGGACGUGUGAUAGAUUUUAAAGAGAUCCAGUAUGGUUAUAGAAGAGUGAGCCCUCUCUACGGAGCAGAGUAUGUGUUGGACCUGCUGCUACUCUACAAGAAACACAAAGGAAAAACUAUGACAGUGCCAGUGCGCAGGCAUGCAUACCUCCAGCAAACCUUCAGCCAGAUCCAGUUUAGAGAGGAUGAGGAGAUGGACGCCCAUGCGCUCUCCAGCCACAUCAAUCAGGAGUCCGACUCUCUGUCCUUCUUGUCCAACUCUCUGAAGAUGCUGGUGCCCUUCAAGCUGACCAGCUCAGGACAAGACCAGCGAGAGCCUAAGGACAAGAAGGUCAACAUCCUGGUGCCUCUGUCCGGACGCUAUGACAUCUUUGUGCGCUUCAUGGCUAACUUUGAGCGCGUAUGUCUGAUCCCCAAACAGAACGUGAAGCUGGUGGUACUGCUCUUCAACACAGACAACCCUGAGCGAGUCAAGCAGGUGGAGCUGAUGAGGGAGUACCACAUGAAGUACCCACGCGCCGAUAUGGAGGUGCGGCCGGUGGAGGGGCCCUUCUCCAGGGCUCUGGCUCUGGAGGUGGGCUCCUCACACUUCUCCAAUGACUCCCUGCUCUUUUACUGCGAUGUAGACCUGCUCUUCAACAGUGACUUCCUGAAGCGUUGUCGUGACAACACGGCUCUAGGGGAGCAGACAUACUUCCCCAUCAUCUUCAGUCAGUAUGACCCCAAAGUGGUGUACAUCGGGAAGGUCCCCAGCAGCAACCAUUACGUCUUCACCUCCAAGACGGGCCUGUGGAGGACCUACGGCUUCGGCAUAGUGUGUGUGUACAAGGGGGACCUGGUGUCUGCGGGGGGCUUCGACACCUCCAUCCAGGGCUGGGGGCUGGAGGACGUGGACCUGUUCAAUAAGUUCAUCCAGUCAGGAGUGAGGCUGUUCCGCAGCACAGACACAGGGAUUGUACAUGUGCACCAUCCUGUGGUGUGUGAUCCCAACCUGGACCCCAAGCAGUACAAGAUGUGCCUGGGUUCGCGCGCCUCCUCCCACGGAUCCACGCAGCAGUUGGCCGAGCUGUGGCUGGAGAAGAACCAGGGGGGCUACAGUCACAACGCCUCCACCCGGACACAGGAGCACAGGCUGUGAGACUAGAUCAGAGUGUGGUACACACACACACACACACACACAGUCCAGUAUUUCAUUUCACGCUUAUGGUACUGAGGACUUAAAUAUUAUACAUAUAAUCAAUUAAGCUGGUAUGUGCAAACCAGUUUUAAACACACAAAGAUCCACAUUCCUUUAAUACUUAACUGUGUGUGUGUGACAGCCCAUACACUGUCCAAGUGUAUGGGCUGCGGGACAGAAGGCUCUGUCUCUGAGCUGUAACACACAGGUCUAUUCUGCUUUAAGAACACUGAGUUCAGAACACUGCUGCAUUUUGCACACACAUUAUUAGUGUUGCCUUCGUUUUCAUCCAUGAUUCAGGAGCCACCAGCGAAGUUGUUUUGUUUUUUUCGCUGUACAGUGUCAUUGUCUCUGGGAGAGCAUUAGGUUUCACAUGUGAAAGUGUGCUAAACAAUCUUGUGUUAGCCUGAACUGUGCCACUCCAGGCCAUUCUUCAUUUUCUAUUUAUUUACAACUGUUUUGCUUUUAAAAUGUAUUUGUAUAUCUUUUUUAAUUUAAGGAACACACAAAAAGCAUUUUAUUCACUACCAGUGAAUUCCGAGGGCGCAAGUGUUUGAAAGGUUGACAUUUUGACACGAGCUGAUGCUUUAUAUGUGCUAUAUUUCCCAUGAAAAAUCCAUCCAACAGCAAAUCAAAUCAACACAGACGAAUGUAUGGGGAAUCCCAACCAACAGAAGUCCUGACCAAGAAAUUAGUCCCACGUCUACCAGCCAUAGAACGUAGGAGUAAGUUUAGGUCUGUGGGCACUGGGCUCUGUAAGAGGUGCUCACAUGUGCCAGAAGUUAGUGGAAUCUAUGCAACACUAAUAAUAUCAGCCUCUAAUAGCUUUCUGUCACACGUGUUUCUACUAGGCAAAUGCUUUUAUGCCAUGAAAAGAAGUUCCAAAAAUAGGGAUUUAUUUGAUUUAUGUCGAUGGGCCUCUACUGUUUUGAAAGAAUUUGCUUGUUCACUGUUCAUUGUUCAUGUGUGUUCAUAUCUGACAUAUCUUUGGUGUAAUUUCAUGUCAACUCAGGCUUAAAAGUUUUUAAUUCAACCCUAAAACAUGAAUGAAUUCUGUCAUACUAUCCAUUCCACUUGUUUUUUUACUGUUGACUUUAACUGUCUCUUUUCUACAAUCACUGUUUUAUUUUUACUAUUUUUAUUUAUUUCAGUGGAUUUAUUCCAUUUGGGAGGGCAGCUGCAGAAGCACUCCAGCUUUGUCAGACGGGGAUGAUGGUAUCACUGUGCAUUUCACAAUACAAUAAAAGCUUUAUUCUGAA